GUUUGGGUUUGGAAAUAGUACUUGGAAUUUCAGGUUUUAACAAAAAAAAAAAGGAAAUAUGCAGCCGGGAAACUAUGAAGAAAUAUUUUGCAGAUUGUGUCUUAAUACUGAAAGUGACAGAAAUUACGAAAUAAUAGGGGAAGCCAUAAAGAAAGCUCUACAAGCAGUUUUGCCGAAUCUGAAUUUGGAGGAGAACGAUAAACAUUUAAUAUGCAAAGCAUGUUCCGUACAGUUAUUGGCUGCUUUUAAUUUUAAAUCGACAUGUAUGUGUACCGAGAGUAUUAUUUUUCCUUAUGGUAAUUCCAGUAAAGCGUCGCUUGUUGACUUAAAAGAAGUAUAUCUAAAGGAGAAAGGAACUAUUCACUUAAACAGUAUAUCCGAAAAUGAAAGAAUUUGUCGGUUAUGUAUUCAGUUGAUAAUAUCUGGAUUUAUGUCACUAAAGGAAGUAGACGUUAAUUUAAUUGAUACAUAUAUACCAGAAAUUAACAUCAGUGCUACCAGCGAUCCUGUUAUAUGCGGACCCUGUUUUGAUUCUCUUCACACCCAUGGCGUUUUUUUAAGGAAUUGUCUUGGUGCACAGGAAAUAUAUAAUAAAAACAUGGAUAAGCAAUCCUACGUUAAAACUGAAGAGAUUGAAGUAAAACUGGAAGGUGAUGGUUCAAAUGCACUGGGGAGUAAUACAUGUGUCGUUAGACUGUUUGAUAUGAAAUCCGAAAUUACUGAAAUAAAAGUAGAUGAUGAUGAACAGGGGAAAUGGGGACGUGUUAAGUCUUGUAUUAAAUUUGAAGAUAUUGAAAUAAAGACAGAGAAAGACGAUCAGGAAAGCAAUUCACUAUUUGAAGCAACCGAAAACAAGAGGAGAUGCAUUUCAGAGGAUAUAGGAGAAAUACAGGAUGAACAUCUUACAACGUCUAUGUCUGUUUCCAACAUUCAAAGCGAAAAGUCUGAAUUUCAAAUGUGUGGGCCUUUGUUAGAUAUGCAAUUCUUCCAGUGUGAUAAUUGUAAACUUACGGCAAAUAAGAAAAUAUACAAAAAUCCUUCAAAAGCGCAAAUGUGUGUCAAGUGUGAUGACUGCAGUUCUACAGCCUACUAUAGGAGAAAUUUGUCAGUACAUAAGGAUCCCUUAGAAGUGAGAAGGUACAGGUGUGAUACAUGUAGUUACGAAACUGAAUAUACGAGUCAUCUGAAAGCACAUGAGUUAACGCACAAAGACCCUUCGGAAAUCCAAAUGUACAAGUGUGAUACCUGUGCGUAUGAAACUAAGUAUAAAAAAUAUCUAAAAAUUCAUCAAUUAAUGCAUAAAGACCCUUCAGAAGUUCAGAUGUAUAAAUGUGAAACAUGUAAUUUUGAAACUAAACAUAAGAGUUGUUUGAAAAGACAUCAAAUAAAGCAUAAAGGCUCUUCGGAAAUCAAAAAGUACAAGUGUGACGUAUGUACUUAUGAAUCUAAAUACCCAAAAUGUCUAAAAAUGCAUCAGUUAAAGCACAAAGACCCUUCAGAAAUCCAAAUGUACAAAUGUGAUACAUGCAGUUAUGAAACUAAAUAUAAGGAUUGUCUAAAAGAUCAUCAGUUGAAGCACAAAGACCCUUUGGAAAUCCAAAUGCACAAGUGUGAUACGUGUACUUAUGAAACAAAAUUUAAGAAUAGUCUAAGAUUGCAUCAGUUAUCGCACAAGGACCCUUCAGAAAUUGAAAUGUACAAGUGUGAAACAUGCAGGUUUGAAACUAAGCACAAAGGCCAUUUGAACAGACAUCAGUUAUUACACAAGGACCCUUCAGAAAUCAAUAUGUACAAAUGUGAUACUUGUACCUAUGAAACUAAAUAUAAAGGACAUCUGAAAGUGCAUCAGUUAUCACAUACUUCAGAUAUUAAAACAUUUAUGUGUGAUAGGUGUGGUUAUGAAACCAAUUUUAUAAGCAACCUAAAAUCGCACCAGUUUAAACACAAAGAUCCUUCAAAAAUCCAAAUGUACAAGUGUGAUUCAUGUAAUUAUGAAACCAAGUUUAGAAGCAAUCUAAAAUUGCAUCAGUUAAAACACAAGGACCCUUCAGAAAUCCAAAUGCACAAGUGUGAUGUGUGUAAUUAUGAAACUAAGUAUAAAAGGGAUCUAAAAACACAUCAGUUGAAACACAAAAAUCCGUCAAAAAUCCAAAUAUACAACUGUGACUCAUGUACGUAUGAAACUAAAUAUAAGGAUUGUCUAAAAGAUCACCAGUUAAUACACAAAGACCCUUCGAAAACACAAUCGUACACAUGUGACACCUGCGAUUAUGAAACAAAAUAUAAGAAUCAUCUAAGUAGGCAUCAGUUAUUACACAAGGACCCUUCAGAAAUAAACAUGUACAAAUGCGAUAUUUGUACUUAUGAAACAAAAUAUAAGGGACAUUUGAAAGUGCAUCAGCUGUCACACACUUCAGAAAUCAAGAUAUACAGGUGUGAUACCUGUACCUAUGAAACUAAUUUUAUAAGCAAUCUAAAAUCACACCAGUUGAAACAUAAAGAUCCUUCGAAAAUCCAAAUGUACAAGUGUGAUACGUGCAGUUAUGAAACCAAAUUUAGAUGUAAUCUAAAAUUGCAUCAGCUUAAACACAAAGACCCUUCAGAAACACAAUGAACAAAUACAGUAGUUAUGAAACUAACAGUGGAUCUGUCUAAAUGCUAAAGUCUUUCAAAAAUCGAAAUGUACAUGUGGUAUAAGUGAUUAUGAAGACAAAUAUCAGAAUUAGCUAAAAAGGUAUCAGUUAUUACACCUAUCAGAAAUUAACAUGUACAAGUGUCCAUCUCAAAGUGCAUCAGUCAUCGACACUUAAGAAAUUAAAUGUACUGGUAUGAUGGAUAUAAAUGUAUAUAUGUGAUUAAAGUAGUGAUGAAAUCAACUUUGAAAACAAUAUAAUAUCAGUUUAAGACAAAGACCCUUCAGAAAUCCAAAUGCACAAGUGCAGUAUGGGCGGUUAUGAAACUAAAUAUAAGUGGGAUCUCAAAAUUGCAUCGUCUUAUAAAGAUGUGGGAUAUGCGUCAAUGUUGACGAAGGAUGAUGCCAUCACCAUAGAUCCUCUAGGACGAUGCAGCGCGGGAAAUGGAGAAAUUCAGCUCACUUUCCAAAAUUUCUCUCAACUCUAGCUCGAACUGUCUUGCUAGUUGGAAAAGCCUAACAACUUACUGUCCUACGACAAUACGAAUUGUGAGUUUUUACGAUCAAAAUCAUUCAAAUAACAGGUUACAGAAUUAUAGAGGUCAUGGUUACCGAGUUAUGGUGCAAUUAUUUUUUUCUAAUCACUGACUUUCUAUAUUAGUGUAAAAUUAGUUUUAAAUUUGUUUGUCUAGAGGAAUUAUUAUUUGGAAGUUUUGUCUAAUAAUUAAUAUGUACAAUGUU